CAAGCAAGCAGCUUUAUGAAUCUGGAUCUGGGUAGUAGACUAGACUCUAGAGACACUCGUUCACUUCGUUAUCCAAAAUCCCUCAAUUGUUCUUUCUCUCUCAUGCAAGCCGCAAUUGUAGCCAUGGCAGCACAGGCGAUUCUCGCAUCAUCAGUUUCAGCAUCCAACGUCCUCCUUCACCCUACUGCCCUACAUUCAAGUCCUAUUGUCAGUUCUUCCUUCCACGGUCUUUCCCUUAAGUUCACUCCUCACUCCUUUUUCCUCUCCACUGCCGCCCGUGCUGCCCCCAAGCCACUCACUGUCGUUUCCGCCGCUAAGAAGGCCGUCGCCGUCCUCAAGGGAACUUCCGCCGUCGAGGGUGUUGUCACCCUCACUCAGGACGAUGAUGGUCCAACGACUGUUAGUGUUCGUAUCACUGGAUUGACUCCUGGACUUCACGGAUUCCAUUUGCAUGAGUUUGGGGACACAACCAAUGGCUGCAUUUCUACAGGACCUCAUUUCAACCCCGAUAAGUUAACUCAUGGUGCUCCUGAAGAUGAAGUCCGACAUGCGGGCGACCUGGGAAACAUAGUUGCCAAUGCCGAUGGUGUGGCUGAAGCAACAUUAGUAGAUAAUCAGAUACCGCUUAGUGGACCUAACUCGGUUGUUGGAAGAGCAUUGGUUGUCCAUGAACUUCAAGAUGAUCUUGGAAAGGGUGGUCAUGAACUCAGUCUUACCACUGGCAAUGCUGGAGGAAGACUGGCAUGUGGAGUGGUGGGUCUAACUCCCAUAUGAAGAUGAGCCAUGAUCGUUUUCAAACGAGAGAGUAUGUUUGGUAAAUUGUUGUUGAUGAAUGUAAUAAAAUAAAUAAACACUCAUCAGUUUGUUGUAAAACUUGUUGUUUGAGAUUGACUUUUGUUUUAAGGACAUGAAAUUCUUCUCA